GCCGGUGCAUGAGUGUUUAGUGAUCAAUGAACUCUGCGUCGCUGUAUGUUGGGGUGUGCUGCCACUGGUAUUUAUUAAACCGGCAGACAUGACAAUGUAAUAGAAAAUUAUAAAUCAAAUUUUCCAAACGGAAAUAAAAUAUACACAGUCAUUCUACAGUUCAAAGUAGAUGACUGAAGAUGAAUGACAUAGAAAGUAUAAGCAUGAAGGGCAGUGGAGGAUCUAAGAUGCCUCAUAGUCAUUCGACUCCGGCAGGUGUGGAUGGAGGCAGUAGGACUCCUCCCACAACACCUAGGAAAGCUGGAAAGAUGCUUGCUGUUCGUGUACAGAUGUUGGAUGAUACAAUUACAAUGUUUCAAGUUCAGGCAAAAGCUUUGGGCAGAGUAUUGUUUGACCAAGUUUGCAAACAGCUACAUCUUUUGGAAGCUGACUAUUUUGGUUUAGAGUAUCAGGAGCUGAAUGGAACGAAAUACUGGUUAGAUUUAGAGAAGCCUGUUUGUAGACAAGUUGGGUUAUCAUUAAUAGAUCCCUUAUUGAGAUUCUGUGUGAAAUUUUAUACACCUGAUCCAGCACAACUGGAAGAAGAAUUUACAAGAUAUUUAUUUUGUCUUCAAAUCAAACGUGAUUUAGCUCAAGGUUUACUGCAGUGCAAUGAUAAUACGGCAGCUUUGAUGGCUAGCUACAUUGUUCAGGCCGAGUGUGGAGAUUAUGUGAUAGAGGAUUAUCCAGACCAUACGUAUUUGUCAACUUACAAAUUUGUGCCUCAUCAAGAUCAAGAAUUAGAACGUCGUAUUAUGGAAAAUCACAAGAAACACGCAGGUCAGUCGCCGGCAGAAGCGGAUCUGAAUCUGCUAGAAACUGCACGACGCUGUGAGUUGUACGGAAUGAAAAUGCACCCGGCAAAAGAUCACGAGGGUGUGCCGUUGAAUUUGGCAGUGGCACAUAUGGGAAUAGUAGUCUUUCAAAAUUUUACCAAGAUAAAUACGUUCAGCUGGGCAAAGAUUAGGAAAAUCAGCUUCAAGAGGAAACGAUUUUUAAUCAAACUUCACCCAGAGGGUUUUGGUUAUUACAAGGAUACCGUGGAAUUCUUUUUCGAAGGACGUAAUGAGUGUAAAAAUUUUUGGAAGAAGUGUGUAGAAAAUCAUGGAUUUUUCCGUUGUUCGGUAGUGAAACGAGUAGUACGGCAGAAAACGCGAGUUCUUAGUCGUGGCUCGUCAUUCAGGUAUAGCGGGAAAACUCAGAAGCAGAUAGUGGAAUUCGUACGAGACAAUUAUGUGAAGAGGCAGACGUUUCAAAGGUCCAAUUCGUUCCGGCAGACUAGCGGUGGUAGGGCAUUGCAGGGCUUGGAGGGGGGAGGCUAUCGUGGGGCCACUCCAAGCAGCUCCCUUAUGGGCAGCUCCAGCAUCUCUGCCCACCCCCUCCUGCCCCUCGGCGAUCCUGCCCUGGAAACCCCAGCUCUGUCUCUGUCAUGCGGCUCGAUGACACUGGAUUCUCCGACGACUGUGACGAGUGUCUCGAUGGGAGGGACGAUUCACCGUCGCGAAGACACAGCUACGUCGUUUCGGACACUUACCUCCAUCGACGUCCAUUCCCCGGCCACACCCAACCAGGUCCCAGCACCGCGGCCGAUGCUUGUUGCCAGCCAACAGCGGAUUUCAUCAGCAGAUACCGAGACAGAUAAGCAGGGGACACCGAACAAACAGGAGAAUAAUAAUUCUGUUUACGUGAAUGAAAAAUCUCCUGAGAAACGUACAAAUGGUAUGGUGGCGACUAGCAACGCGAGCAUGGUCAAUACUCCGGACCUGAGCCCCGUAAAAAAUAUACGAAACGGAGAGGUUGAGGAUGGCGAAAUUCGAAAAACUAAAAGGUGGCCGACGGAUAAGGCGUAUUAUAUCGCAAAGGAACUUCUUAUGACCGAAAGAACUUACAAGAAAGAUCUUGACGUGAUAAACGUGGGCUACCGUGAAGAGAUAUCUCGAGAGGCAGAAUUAGAGGGCGAAGCUGUGGUUUCACUGAUCGAGCUUUUAGCUGACGUCCAUGGGCCCUGCCUCCAAGAAAUGGAGGCAAGAUUGGAACGGUGGGAGAGUAAUGCACGACACAACAUUGGUGAUUUUCUUUACAACACUUUGUUGAACGUACUGCCGCUUUACGAUCAAUAUCUGGAGAAUCUAAUACCGGUCCUCGAGAAAAUGGAAUAUUAUACAAGGACAUCCCGUUGUUUCGAUCAGUUGUGCCGUGAUUUCGAGGCGCAGAAGUAUUGUUAUCUACCGUUGACUUCAUUCCUUUUAAAGCCGUUGCAACGGUUGUUGCACUACAACAGUAUUAUCGAUAGAUUAUUAGAUCACUAUCCGAAAGAUCACACGGAUUUCGAAGAUUGCCUGGCGGCUAGAGAUCGAUUAGGAGAGACGUUGCUCGAAGGUCUUAGCAUAAUUAAUCAAGCGGAGAAUCUGGUUCAACUUUGCGAAAUGCAAAGGGACAUCAGCGGUUUCGACAAUUUGGUUCAGGAGGGUCGUAGAUUUAUUAGGCAAGGUUGCUUGCAAAAGUAUAGUCGUAAAGGUUUUCAGCAAAGAAUGUUUUUCCUGUUUUCGGACAUAUUAUUGUACACAUUCCGUACUCAACAACCGACGCAAUGCUUUCAUGUUCAUGGUCAACUACCGCUAAAAGGAAUGAAAAUUCGGGAGGGCGACAAUAAAACUGGCUCGGACUUUGCAUUCGUAAUCGACGCCCAAGGAAAUCAAUCCUUAACGGUUGCCGCUAGUAACGAAGAAGAGAAAGGGAGAUGGUUGGAAGAUUUGAUCAUUGCUAUCGCGCAAGCUGACGCGGAUCCAAAAAUGCCCUACUUGAAUUUAAAGUCUUGUAGUUCAGCCGACGAAAUGGGCGAUGGUAUUGGGUUGGAGGCUGAUCGAGGAAGUUGCGGAGGUGCCAAGGCUUCUCAACGGAGUAAUACAACUUUACACGUUUGUUGGCAUCGAAACACGAGUAUCAGUUACAGCGAUCAAUUGAGAGCAUUUCAAAACCAACUCAGUGGAUUUCUUUUGCGGAAAUUCAAAAAUAGUAAUGGUUGGCAAAAGCUCUGGGUCGUUUUUACCAACUUCUGUUUGUUCUUUUAUAAAUCACAUCGAGACGACUCCCCAUUGGCUAGCUUGCCGUUGUUAGGAUACACUGUUACUACCCCAUCGGAGAAGGAUGGGAUCAACAAAGAUUUCGUGUUCAAAUUGCAAUUUAAGAAUCACGUUUAUUUUUUCCGUGCUGAGAGCGACUACACAUUUGGACGGUGGAUCGAAGUAAUUCGGAGUGCGACACAACAAAGCCACGUGUCGGAUAGCUUCAACGGAAAAGAAGGAUAUUAACAUUCGUGUUCUAUAGAAUAUCGAAAGGAAGUAAUGUAAGAAAACGUUUGAGCAAAGUAGCGCUACAGGCCACUUCAUCUCAAACAGUUUUUCAUUAUAUGUGGUAUAGUAUUAAAAUCGAGAAAUCUCAACAUCUUCAGGGAAAACCUGUGUUAGCGGUAAAACGCAUUAAAACUUCGCGGCCUUAUUCGUGGACUGAAAAUCAAAUUUAUACGAUUUAAUAUGGUAAUUGACAAUCAAAUCGAAAUCACACGCACGCGCGCGCGCACACACACACUCACAGCUGUUUUUCGUAAAGAAAACAAAAGUUGAAAGUAAAACGUAGGGGAAGCAUUCAUUUUAUGCUCAUUUUCAAGCCCGGUUAUUUCAGAGCAACUUUUAUAUUAAAAUGCAUCGCGUUCUAAUCGUUUUUCCUUUUAGUUUUCACGACGACCGACGCGUACUUGAAGAUACGCUUAAC